GAUGUUGCUGAGAGCAGCACAGAUCAGAAGAAAGAGGAAAACAGCGAAGACCACAAAGAAAAUGAACGCAGCCCAGAUCAGAAGAAAGAGGAAAACAGCGAAGACCACAAAGAAAAUGAGCGCAGCACGGAUCAGAAGAAAAAGGAAAACAGCGAAGACCAUAAAGAAAACAAAAGCAGCACAUAUCAGAAAAAGGCUGAAAACAAGAACGCUGCAUCCCUUUAUAAGAAACCAGAACAUGUGUUCAGGUUUUGCUGUUUUAAUUACUUCUUAUAUGUAUCUUCCAGUUUAUUUGUGAAACAUUUAAGGGAGAUCACAAGGGAUCAUUACUGGAGCUUGU